GAAAACCGCAUCGGAAUGUACGCCCGAUAAACGUUGAAAAAUAUUAUGAAAAUAUUGAAAUUAUGACAAACUAGAGUUCAUAUUUAGGCAUACAGCUAGAUAGAAAAAUAGUUGAGUAACUCUUUUACGUCAUCAAAAUUAAUUGUUGUGCCUAUAUAACCAGUUGCAAUAUUAAUCUAAGUUAUAGUCGUUAAUUAACUUUAUCGUAGGAAAGAAGUUAAUACUAAAGGCCACAUGAUGUCAGAAAAGUUCGCACUUGUUCUGCUCGUCGCUUGCAUCGCCUUUAUUGGGAUCGAAACUUCGCCCAUCAACAGUGACUCUUGGAAAGAUGGCUUUUGUGGUGAAAACGAGGCCUACGACUCCAUGCGGCGUGGGUGUGAAGAGCGCUGUGAUGAUCACAACCCAACAUUCUGCUUUAAAUUUACAACAGUAUGCUGGUGUGAAAAGGGGUACGUUAGAGAUAAAUCAGAUACUUGCAUCAAAGUUGAAGACUGUCCCAAUGUAUCUGAAAACUUGGAGUUCUCUGAAACAAUCAUCGGCAUGUAGAGCGUAACAUAUAAAUGGAAAUUGGACUAAUUAACGGACUGAUAAAUUACUAAUAAACAAUAAUUUUGCAUAUUAACGUAUUCGUAUUAUUCUUCACACCCUCAUUUAAACUCUAAAUUAUUUAAGUACUCAGACACUGCCAAGAUUAGGAAAAUGCUGAUAGUUAAUCACAGAAACACGGAUUCAUUGGUUGAAGAAACUGCCGCUAGGGUAGCUGGCUGCAGUGACCCUGUUGUCUUUUGCUUUCAAAGAUUUCAGUCGCAUGGAUUUAGCAGGGACACUUGGUCAGAACUAAAGUAGUAUAACUAUUACUAUUUAUCUGACUCACACUACCUAAUGGAUACCAAACCAGGAAAACAUGACUUCGAAAACUCAUACCGAGAACUAAUGUUAGCCGCUAUCAACGUCCCGGCAGGAUAUAGGUAUUAUGAUAACACUAAUUUGAGUCACUGGUUCAAAUUACCCUGAUUAAACAAAACGAUUUGUGACGAUUAAAACUGUUUUAAUCGUCACAAAUCGUCAUGAAUCGUCAAUUGAUGAUUAAAAACGAUUAAAUUUUUAAUCGUUUUAAAUCGUCGUGAAUCGUCAAUUGAUUAUUAAAGAAGAUUAAAAACGAUUAAAUUUUUAAUCGUUUUUAAUCGUGGUGAAUCGUCAACUAACGAUUCGAGAGAAUUUAAAACGAUUAAGUUUUUGAUAGUUUUAAAUCGUCGUGAAUCGUCAAUUGACAUUUUUGACAUUUCGGACUAGUUCCUUAGUGACAAUAUUAAGCAAUGCUUGCGUAAGAUUUGCUUACAAUAUUAUUGCGUCAUAGUGUUCAAAAUUAACUAAAAUUCGCUGUAAGAAAUUAGUAACACAUAUCUUGCAUAUGAAUUGUGCAAUAUUGCUUCAUAUUUUGAUCCAGAAGCUAGCGCCAGAGUAUUGCAAUUUUAAACCCGAAAGAUCAUCGGUGAAAGAUACUGCUAAUGUAACUUGUAUAAGACUGCGAAUCAAAAAUCUUCGUGGUAUCGUAUGGUAGCGGUGUUACUGUAUGUUCAUCUCCCCUAAUGUCAAUCUCACUUUGUAUAUAGUGACAGUUUUGUAGUUAGAGUUGUUUACACGGCUAAUUUGAGUAUCGAUAGAAAAAAAUCCUUUUUUUUCUGUAGUCAAUAGGUUUUACUUGCAUACAGAGUAUUCGUUAACUCGUAUAUUAGACAUAGAACUUUAUUCUGCUCUAUAAAUUAUUAUUUUACAGAGAUUUUUUUGUUAGACAGUUUGGAUUCUUCUGACUUUUUAUCUCUAAAAUACUAGAUAAUGGAAAAUUAAACAAAAUAGUAAUAGUUGAUACUUAUUUAAUUUAUUUAACCAUCCAAUUUUUAGCAGAUAACUGAGAACGAAAGACAUACACAAUAGCAUACAUGUUCACGAUAUAUGACAUAAUGUAACUGAUACCAACGACUCCGCUGCAAAUAAUAAAUACAAUGCCUUUGCCCACUGAUUCACUUCUUGAGGAACUGGAUCCAUUGGGCACUGGAACGCAGUCUGAAGCUUUAAUGCAAACGUUGGCUGAAUUCCGCAUGUAACCAUCUAAGCAUCCACAAUCAGGCGGAGAAAGCUGGAAAACAUGACAAUUUAUAACGUACGAUGUAUGAAAAUAUAUAACGGGCGCCACGAGGCGUCAAUAGUUUACUUUUAUCGCUUUCCGCUUCAAGGUUAUAAUGACAAUAGAAUUUAUUUGUUACCACGCAGCUAUACAACUUUAUUUCCGAAUUAAUAAUUAAUAGGUCGAUGUGAGUUGGUGGCAACAAUAGUUAAGGAAAAUAAAGAGUUUUACCUUGUAUUCGGGAUCUGGCUUGUUGUCGUAGCAACGAACUUCCAGAGCUCGCAUAGUUUUAUUUAAAACUGCAUAUUUUCCACACAGUAGAUAGUGAAGUUGAGAAACUGUCUGCAGUGGUACCCCUGUGGGUCCAAAUUGAUUCGUCACUCCAUUUUGACCAGAUUCAGCCGGUAGCGCGCCAAUAACUUAAGAAAAAACAACAGUAAUGUUAAAUAUUAUCUAUUUAGUUAAACCUCCACUAGGAAUAUAAAGAAGUCAAUUCAUUGUUCACCAUAGAAGCACUGGAUGUUUAGAUUCUUGUCCUAUUUAACAAAGGCAAGCAUUUAAACUUCCAAGUGCAGAUCUGGUAAAAAACACAAUACUCUCUCUAUUGGUACAGGUAGGCAAUUACACACUCGGAUCGGAAUGUCCCACUUUUUUUCCUUGGUAUGUUGUAUACUAUUGUUACACACAUGAUCUAUUUAUACUUACAUGUAAUAUCAAUAGCAGCGAAUAAGAAAAACAAUAUAUUUCCGUUUAGUAACAUGUUAUGAUGAGCUUGACGUCCACACAGAGGAAUAAAUGAAUGUUACUAAGGCAAACCCGGUUAUGCGGGGAUCCCAUAUCGAGACGUUAAUGACGCAUGCGCUAGUAAUUACGGAUUAUUAAUAAGUUCUAAUUGUUGGUGUUAGGCGUUUUAUGUGCAAGUGAGUUGACUACUAGCAAAUUUGCUACGAAAUGAGAAGUUAAUGUAAUGCUUAAACGCUUUGACCACUUUCUGCUAGCGUAAUGAUUUACUGUAAUAUCUAUUGAAUAGACUAGUGACCAAGGACCUAUUGUCCAAUGCAGCUGAAUAAUUAUGACCUUUGAGAUCCAUAAAAUUAAUGUGUGUAUGCAUGUGUGUGUAUUUGGGUGGGUGUUUACCAUAAGAGAUUUUGUUGGAUGACUAGGCUUUAAAUCCUCAAAAAUAGACGUAGAACUAUUUUAUUCUGUCAAAUGA